AUGCUUCGAAGCCAAAACAAUCAACAGCAACUAAUUCCUCUGAAAAAAUUGAGUGUUGUAGCAACGAUUCGAUCUUUCGCUGCUGAUGUGACUAUUACACAAUUAUUUCGCAAUGACGAAACAACACACAUUGAAGCUGUGUACUGUUUUCCGAUCGAAGAGCAAGCAGCUAUCUACAAUUUCAUAGCACGUAUCGAUGAUCGAGAAAUUAUCGCUCAAUUGAAAGAGAAAGCCACAGCUCAAAAAGAGUACAGUCAAGCACUUCAAUCAGGCCAUGGUGCUUAUUUAUUAGAACAAGAUGAAAAGUCACAAGAUAAUUUCAUUAUUAAUGUCGGUGCACUUCCACCUGGGAAAGAAUGUCAAGUCGUCAUUUCCUAUGUCACAGAAUUGAGUCUGGUUGAAGAUGGCAAAAAAAUUCGAUUUGUUGUACCAACAACAAUCGCGCCUCGUUAUAAUCCUUCUCAGGGUGGAUUGGGUUCACCUGCUGGUACAACAUCGAAAUAUGUUCAGUCUACACCAUACACCAUUGAUUAUCAUUGUCAAGUGGAAAAGUUUGAGAUUGCUGGUAUUAGUUCACCCUCCCAUCCAAUUCAAAUCGAUUUCAGCCAACAAGACUUCUACAAAGUUACAUUUGCACAACAGAAUACGCAUUUAGAUCGAGAUAUUAUUGUUGAUACGCAACUUGCUGAGAGUCGAUCGAAUACUAUUCUCGCUGUUGAAUCGAAUGCAGUUAUGGCUUCAUUUACACCCAAUGAACAAGAUUGCCAACGAACUAAAGACAAUAAAGACAUUACGAAUGAAUUUAUUUUCGUUGUAGACUGUAGCGGCUCAAUGGAUGAAGAAAACAAAAUUGAAUUAGCUCGACAAGCCAUGUUACUCUUUCUCAAAAGUCUUCCCGUUAAUUGCCAUUUGAAUAUCGUUCGAUUCGGCAGUAACCAUCAAAGUUUAUUUUCAGAGACUACUGCUGUAUACAAUGAAGUAAACGCACAAAACGCUGAACAACUCACGAAGANUUUAUUGGAAAAAAUAUGA